GUCGUAGUCCUCGCCUCAAGAAACGGGAUGGUGGGGAAGGGACGCGUCCUACGUCAUACUUAUACACCUGUACACAUACAGGCACACAAAUGCCAGGAAAUAAAAGCCGCGAUGGGGAUUUGGUGAGGGGGGCGGGCGUUCUCCCGCCUGUCAGGGCCUGAAUCCGACCUUCUUUCCUCAGGGGCGGGCGCCGGAAGUGACGCGCCUCCCUCCCUCCUCCCCUUCCUCCUCCUCCUCCUCCUCCGCCUGUGUUGUUGUGGCUGCGAGGAGCCCGCGGAGGUCGCCGCCCCCGCCCCUCUCCCGACCGGGCCGCAGCCACGUGACUCAGGUGAGCCGGGGGGGGUCGUCCUUCGCUCUCUCCCCCCCGGGGUCCCUCGUGAGGAGGGGGGCAGGACCCUCUUCCUCGCAGCCCGCCUCCCCCCGCCAGCCCCCCCCGCCACAACAGCCCUGCCAGGUAGGCCAGGCGGGGAGGAGGGGGGCCGCCCCCGGGGAGAGAAAGGGCUUUUGGCGGGGAGGAGAACGAGCGCUGCAUCUCAUGGCAUUUCUCUACUGCCCCCUUUGACCUCCGACCCCCCUUUGACACCCCCCACAACAACAACCCUGCGAGGUAGGCUAGGCUGGGAGGAAGCAGGGGCCGCCCCCCCCCACCAGGUGAAGUUCCUGGCCGGGACGUGGGGGGAUUUGAACCCUGGCCUUUCCCGGCCGGCCUCUCAGCAAGCCCUCUGUCCCCGCAGUGCAGCACAAGCAAGGCGUCCAAAGACUCCCAAAGGGACUUUGAAGUGGUCCCAUCUUUUCCUUGCCUGGUCCCGUGUACUCAAUACCCCGAAGGCGACAGUGUGCGGGUGCAGGGAACCUCCUCAAGAGGGUGAAUGGCUGGGUAUCACUUUCUGGGGUCCGUCAGCCUCCCAUUGCAUUUCUAAAAGGAGUUCAAGGUGGUUACAUGGUUCUCCCCCCCCCCCCCCCGCUUUCCUCACAACAAGCCUGUUAGGCGGAGAGACUGGCCCAAGGUCACCCAGUGAGCUCCGUAGCUGAGUUGGGGGAUCUGAGCUCUGGCCUCUCCCAGGUCAUCGUCUGUUUGACACGCUAACCACUGGGCUUUUGAGGAUGGAGUGGGGGGGGGGGAUAUGGGAAUAACAUUGGUUGUAUUUUGCCUGGUCUGCUUGACACCAGUCUAUUCUCUCUGAUAGAAGCUCUCAUUACCCCUCUUGCUUACGGAAGAUCCGCAGUUCAGUGGUAGAACAAGUGUUUUGCAAAUAAAAUGUGUUUAGCUUCAGUCCACCUGCAUCUCUCCGGGAUGAGCGGAGACUCAGGAGAGUCACUGCCAGGCAACGUGGACGAUAUUUCCUUAUUUACUAGAUUUCUUACCCUUAAGGUCUCAGGCUGGGUUGCAGCAUGAGCAUAUAAAUGAAACGGAUAAACCGUUACAACCAUAAAAUGGAAGGAAGAAGAGAUACAGCUAUAUGUAGUAGGUGAAAAAAGGUAAAGGAUAUUGUUAGAACAGUAUAGUAUGCUGUGCUAGAUGGAGUAAUGGUCUUUCUUGGUAUAAGGCAAAUAAUAAUAAUAAAAUACUAUUUUUUUAUUUUUUUAUACCCUGCCCAUCUGGCUGGGUUUCCCCAGCCACCCUGGGCAGCUCACAGCAUAUAUCAGGGCAUACUAAAACAUCAAACAAUAAGAACUUCCCUCAACAGGGCUGCCUUCAGAUGUCUUCUAAAAGUCAGAUAGUUGUUUAUUUCCUUGACAUCUGAAGGGAGGGUGUUCCAUAGGGAGGGCACCACCACCGAGAAGGCCCUCUGCAUGGUCCUAUGAAUGUGGCAAGCCAAAAUAUUUUGAAAUGAUUCAUCCUGGGUGGUAUCAAAGAACUGUGCACUUCAAGCAGCUUCCACGCAAGAUAGGCAAUUCAAGCCAGAUGUGGAGGGAAACAAGAAAUUAAUGCAGCAAGGAUAAUGAAAAGAGAGAGAGAGAAAGCGCUCUCAUGGAAGCCUAGCAAAUUAAGAAAAAAUAUGUGCGGCCACACAGGACUUGCGUCCAAUUUCUAGGUGGACUCAGUACAACAAAUCCCACUAGUACAACAGGGCUCCCCCCUCCCCUCCUCCACCCCCAGUCGGCUCUAGCAGUGGGGGGCAGGGAGGACCCUGAGAAUUGCACAUGAGGUGAGGAGUGGGGAGGCAAGCAGAAAUUCUUGUGCUGAUAGAGAAAUCUCCAGCACUAACACGAAUCCCAGCCUGUGUGUUUAGGUAUGUUCCAUGUGCAAUCAUGAGCUAGGGUUGCUCAUGCACUAUGCUUUGAGGUUUCAGCUCUGCUUAACGCUUUCCCAACUUUCCCUUCCAUGUCUUGCAGAUGGACCCAUCGUCCCCAACCUACAUGAUUGCCAACUUGACCCCUUUGCACUCGGAACAACUCCUGCAGGGCUUGAACCUCCUCCGGCAGCACCAUGAGCUCUGCGAUAUCAUCCUUCGUGUUGGAGACGUCAAGAUCCACGCCCACAAAGUGGUGCUCGCCAGCAUCAGCCCGUACUUCAAAGCCAUGUUUAGCGGCAACCUCUCGGAGAAAGAGAACUCUGAGGUGGAAUUCCAGUGCAUCGCCGAGGCGGCCCUGCAGGCCAUAGUGGAAUAUGCCUACACGGGGACCGUGUUCAUCUCUCAGGACACCGUGGAGUCCCUGCUGCCUGCUGCCAACCUCCUGCAGAUCAAGCUCGUGCUGAAGGAAUGCUGCACCUUCUUGGAAAGCCAGCUGGAUCCUGGAAACUGCAUCGGGAUCUCCCGCUUUGCGGAGACGUACGGCUGCCACGACCUCUACUUGGCCGCCAACAAAUACAUUUGCCAGAACUUUGAAGAUGUUUGCCAGACGGAAGAGUUUUUUGAACUGACUCAUUCCGAGCUGGACGAAAUAGUUUCCAAUGACUGCCUGAAUGUGGCCAGCGAGGAGAUGGUCUUCUACGCGCUGGAGUCCUGGAUCAAGUAUGACGUGCAGGAACGCCAGCAGUACCUGGCCCAGCUCCUGCACUGCGUGCGGCUGCCUCUGCUGAGCGUUAAGUUCCUCACGAGGCUGUACGAAGCCAACCAUCUCAUUCGCGAUGACCACACCUGCAAGCACCUGCUGAACGAAGCCCUGAAGUACCACUUCAUGCCUGAGCACAGGCUGUCUUACCAGACGGUGCUCACCACACGCCCCCGCUGCCCUCCCAAAGUGAUCUGCGCUGUGGGAGGGAAGGCUGGACUCUUCGCUUGCUUGGAGAGGUGAGGAAUAGCGAGAGCCAGAAAAGGGUUAGGAGUCCGCGGUCUUGCUUUUCCUAGCGCUUCUGUUCCGAAGCCAUGGCAGCGAGCGAUGGUUUCUACACCCCAUAGUUGAACAUAACAGAGUGAUAGCUUGGUGGGCAGCCUUCUGUGGCCUUUCAUUUCCUGGGUCUUGUAGAGCAAGCAGAAGGGUCAAGCAAGGAAAGGCUUGGAAUGAAACAGCUUUGGGAAGGCAAUCAGUUCAUUGCUUAUAAUAUGUAAUGCUCUUUAUCAGUUGUUAUUCUGUUCUUCAUGCACUCCAGUAGCCACUCUGUAAAGGCAGCUAGUAUCCCUGGGGGGUUAGGCCAGGGGUCAGCAACGUGCAGUCCAUGGGCUGGGUGCGGUCCACAAAGACCGUUUUACCGGCCUAUGACCCGCCCCUGAACCGCUCUGCCCGCUCAGCAAGUCCCUCAUGCGCUGCGCUAAACCGGUGCGGCGCGGGGACUCACUGAGCGGCACCGGAAAUCACGUCUGUGCAUGCACAGAUACCGGAAGGCACAAUUUUCAGUGUCUGCGCAUUCACAGAAGCGAUUUCCAGCGCCACGGACAUGCGCAGGCGCAACUUCCGGCAUCAUGAUGAUCUCUCUGGGAGUGAUCUGGCCCAUGGCCAGUAAGCCUUGCCAACCCCUGGGUUAGACCAAACUCCUUCCUAGUCCAGCACCCUUUUUUCUGGAGUGGCAGAUGGCAGGUGCCUCCGGGAAGCCCAGAGACAGGACACGAGAGCAAUAGGGCUUUCAUACUUGUUUUCCCUCAGCAGCUGCUAUUCAGCAUCGUGGUGCUUCUGAUCCUGGAGGCAGCAUGGGGGCACUGAGAGGUUUACCAUCCAUGAAUUCUCAUCUCUUAUGGCCAUCCAAGUUGCUGGAUUUCACUGUGGGAGCGAAUUCCACCAUUUAAUUUAUGUGCAGUGGGAAUAAGGGCUUUCUUUUGUCUGUCCUGAAACUCCCAAUAAUCACCUUCAUUGGAUGACUCCCAAGUUCCAGUUUUAUGAGAGAGGGAGAAGAAUAUCUCUCCCCACUUUCUUUGCACCGUGCAUAAUUAUUUAUGCCUCUGUGUCCCAAGACCAUCACUUUUUUCUAAACUAAAAAGCCCCAGGUGUUGGGGAGCUUUUCCAGACCCCAAUCAUCACAGCUGCCCCUUUUUGAAUUUCUUCCAGCUCACUCUACAAUAUUUUGCUUAUGGGGCAGCAACCUUGAACUGUAGACAGUAUUUCAGUUGUCAUCACACCUUGGAUUCAUAGUAAAACAUGAUAUUGACAGUUUUUCUUCUUCGCCCCAUCCCAGCAAGGAAUUUGCCUUUAUCAAAACUCUUGCACACUGAGCUAUGCACUGCUGCUCCCAAGGUUCCUUUCCUGACCAGUCACCCCCAGUUUGGAUCACUUCAGGGUCUAUGUGAAGGUGCCCCAGUACACAUAAUUUUACUGCCUAUUCACCAAAUUUGGAGAGAUCCUUUCACAGCUCUUCAUAACUUUUCUUACCGUACAGUAUCGUAAUUUCAUGUCAUCAGCAAAUUUAACCACCCCACUUCUCACCCCCAAAUACUGGUUAUGAGGAAGUUAAGAAGAUCUCUGUACAGAUAACUGCAGAACCCAACAACUCACCGGCCUCCAUCCUAGAGAACUCUCAGUUUAUUCCUAUUGUUGGCUUCUUGUUCUUAGACAUUUUUGCGUAGACAAGCCUUCCUAGAUGUUUAAAAAGCUUGUAUGAGUUUUCAUUUGUUUUAGUCUAUUUUACUGUGGUUUUAACUUUCUGCGCAUUUUACAUUUUUAGGGUCAAUUUAUUGUUUUAUCCUUUUUGUAAACCGCUUUGAGGUUUUUUCCUAACCAUCAAGCGGUUUUUAAAUUUUAUGAAAGAAGAAUGAAUAAGCCCAAUUAUACAAGUACAUGUGAGGACCUGUCCUCUUAUCCCAUGACUGCAAAGUUAGCUCAAUACUCUGGCGAAGGAAAACUUUUUGAAUGUCCACACAUCCAAUGUCUGCUGGACUGCCUGUACCCAUGCUUAUUGACGCUGGGCGAUGCGUGAGGUGGUGUCGCUCUGUCCAUCAAAGAGGGCAUUGAGUCCAGCAGACUAGAAAUCCCCAAAGGGGUGGACUGCUCCACAGAAUCGUUGUGGGUGGUGAAGUGGGACCCCAAGGUAGCCACUGAAUUGGAUGGCUUUGAAUGAGGAUUGGACAAUUUCAGUCUACCAGUGGCUACUGACCCUGAUGGCCAUGCGCUGCUUCCCUGGUCAGAGGCAGCAGUGUUUCAGCAUGUCAGUUUCUGGAAACCACCAGAGGGGAGAGUUGCCCUCGUGUUUGGAUCCCGACUGAGAGUUUCCCAUAGGAAUGGGAUGCUGGGCUGCUAGGUGGGCCAUUGGCUCAAUACAGCGGCCUCCUCUUCUCUUCUUGCGUUUUGCCUCAUGACCUCUUCCCUCUCCUCCCGCAGCGUUGAGAUGUACUUCCCUCAGAACGACUCCUGGAUAGGCCUGGCACCGUUGAGCGUCCCUCGCUACGAGUUCGGGAUCUGCGUCCUGGACCAGAAAAUCUACGUUAUAGGGGGGAUCGCCACCCACAUGUGCCAAGGCAUCAACUACCGGAAGCACGAGAGCUCCGUGGAAUGCUGGGACCCCGACACAAACACCUGGACGUCCCUCGAGAGCAUGAACGAGAGCCGCAGCACCCUGGGGGUGGCGGUUCUGUCGCGAGAAAUCUACGCCUUGGGGGGCUACGAUGGGCAGUCCUACCUGCAGUCGGUGGAGAAGUACAUUCCCAAGGUGAAGGAGUGGCAGCCUGUGGCGCCCAUGAGCAAAACCAGGAGCUGCUUUGCCGCAGCCGUCCUGGAUGGAAUGAUCUAUGCCAUUGGAGGUUACGGCCCCGCUCAUAUGAACAGGUAAGUAGAGCUGGGCCAUUGGGGGUUGGGUGAAGCACCCCCUAGCUCACCCCCCACCCCACCCCCACAGACCUAAGCGCUCUUCAGUCGGCACAUGCACGAGCUGCUUCCAAGCAACCCAUAGUUGCUCCCAGUGAGCCUCAUUAGCUUUCUCUGGAGGAUUCGCCCAAGGAAUUCUCUGUGAUCUUCAGCUAAAACCUGCAGUAGAGUUCAACGUGUUUUCCUUCAUUGCAGACUUAGAAAGAGAAAUAGGAACGUUUCAAAGAAGCUUUUAGUUGGCUUGAGGCUAAUAAAAAGUCCUGGUCCAGAAACGUCUCUGUGCGCACUGGCUCUGUGCCCUUCACAGGGCAAGAUGUUGGCACCCCUGUGGGUACCCUCGUGUCUUCUCUGGGCUUAGUUUUACUCCAGCUGAAUAGUCCCUACUCACUUGGUGGAAGGUCUGGGAUCCUGACUGGUGUUGCAAAAGCAGAGUGGAAAGUAGCCUCAUGCAAACAUCUUCGUUAAGCUUGUGUCUGGAUUUGAAUUGGAGCAGGAACUCCUCUGUGCCCCCACCCUGUAGAGUUGGGGGUCUCUUGUCCAGUGGCAACCAUAGUCUUUAUAUAACUGAAUUGCUAGCUCAACUAACACCCAAGACUCAGCAAUGAGCUCACAUAAAAACACCAGCCCACUUAAAACAAGCACAUAAACUGUCUAUUCAAUUCCACAUUAUUAUAGCAGAAUUAACAUUGCCCCAGAACUUCCCCAUUUCACUCCUAAACUAGGAGGCCUUGCAGUGCGGCUGGCAAAUGCUCAGGUUCACACACUGUGGUUUCUUUCCCUCCCCCCUACAUCCAAUAUCUUCUCUUCUUCCUGCUGUGGGUACACUUAGGUAGGUCUCUGGGAAAAAUAGGCACAUGGCAUGAAAGGUAGAGCUUAAGAGUUGCAUCCAGUCCUCCAUGUGCAUGAUUCCCUUGGCACAGUUGGAUAUUUUAUUUCCUCUCCUCCCCCUGCACGCCUUCAAAAUCUCUGGAGGAUCCCCCAACCCUCUGUUCCCAGGCUUGUUAUAUGGGUGGUAUGAAAGAGGAAGAUCUUGGAUUGCUUUGAUCUUCUUGUAGCUGGAGGCAGAAGUCACUGCCCUGAUACAAGGAACUCUUUGGGGCAAGGAGCGUCUUCCUUUCACCAGCUCAAACCUUGGCUUUUUUUAUGCCUCUUGCUAGAACUGGGCAGGGUGUUAGCAUGCCACAGAAGGCAGUGCCUCACUGCCUCCCCAUUCACCCCAUGGGGAAGGCACGGAGGUGUGUCCAGCCCUUUUCCUCGGAUCCCUCCACUUCUUUGAGAAAGUGUGCUGAGAGAAGGGAUCUGUGUGCAGGGGGAAGGGGCUUACGACAGGUAACAUGGUCUACCCUCCCAGUGGAGUUUGAAGUAGAGCCGGGGCAGGUGGCUUCCAUUGACUUGAGCCAAGAUACAGUGUGGGUGCAGGAUUAUUGUGGGCCACUUCACCCUUCAUGAUGUGGGCGGCAUUCCUUGCACUUCUGGUAUGUAGAAGUGUCCACGAAGGCAAGGCCCCUUAGCCAUCAAAACGUUCAGGAAGCACGGCAUGAGCCCAAGAGGGGCUGACCAUGUUUGUGUGGCAGGUGUACCUGAGCAGUGCCCCUCUUUUUCCUCCUAAGUUGUCUUGGUCUUUUAGGAGCAGAGGAAGCUGCCUUAAACGGAGACGGACCAUUGGUCCAUCAAGCUCUGCCUUGUCUACACUCACUGACGGUGGUUGUUCAGGGUUUCGAGCAGGGAGUCUUUCGCCGUCCUUCCUGGAGGGGCCAUUGGGGACUGAACCUGGGACCUUUCUCUUGCAAAGCUGAUAUUCUGCUGCUGAACUACGGCCCUUCUUCAUACACGCAGCUAGUUCGCAGCCUUGCUUUCAUUGUGGGCCAAGGAUAUUGCACUGGGUGACCCUUCUUUAGCAAUUGCUCCUUUGGUAGAUGUUUUCCUCUUUGUACCCAGAGCUUUUCUGUUACAGCAAAAUAUAUUGAGGCUAGUAACUCCUGUUCUAUCAAAUAUCUCACUGGGGAUUCCCAAUGUGCUGGGAAUCCCUCAUGAGCACAGCUACAGUGGCCUCUUGAGGUAUUAAAUCGGUACAAAGUGUUGCCACUAAUCCCUUUGGUUGCUCUGCUUCUGCAGCGUGGAACGUUACGAUCCCAGCAAGGACUCCUGGGAGCCAGUCGCUCCGAUGGCGGACAAAAGAAUAAACUUCGGCGUUGGGGUCAUGCUGGGCUUUAUUUUCGUGGUCGGAGGGCACAACGGCGUCUCCCACUUGUCCAGCAUUGAGCGAUACGACCCUCAUCAAAACCAGUGGACUGUUUGCCAGCCGAUGAAGGAACCCCGAACAGGUAGGAAGAAUCCCAGGAGCUGGUUCUGGUUGGCUUAGAAGUUGCUGCCACUUCCUUGUGACUUAAGGGGGGCUGGGGUGGAACUAAGUGAAACAGCACAGAGUCCUCCUUUGAGGCCACGUGCAAGAAUACUCUUUGCCUCAGUGCUCUUCACAUACCUUUUAUUUGUAGGAAUGCAUUCUUCAUCUCUUAUGUCCAAGCAGGACAGUGCUUAGUGAAGUUGUCAGGAUACCCCAAAGGGCUCUUUGGCUUUGCUUUCCAGAAAGGAAAUGGUAGUCCUUGCUACGGAAGACCAAGAAACUCUGCAAGGGACCUACUUGAGCAGCACUCAAAUAACUGAUGGUUCAGGGAUAUAAAACCUUUAAAAAGAGGCUGUACCUCAUACAACUGCUCCUUCCUCACUUCCAGUCCUCUCUGGGUGAGAGCAGCCCAGGAGCUGAAAAUGCAUUGAAAGGGGAUGUUGGAUUGAUCUAUCGAUGCAAACUUAGCUUAAGAUGCUUUCUAUACCUUAGGCCUAUCUUUACCAACCUGGUGUCCUCCAGAUGUUUUCCACUACAACUACCCUACAUCGCAACCCAUGUGAUUCUGUGGCUGAUGGGACUUGUAGUCCAAAACAUCAGGAGUGCACCAACUUGGGAGAAGGCUGGCCUUAGCCUGAAGGUUACUGAAAUGCUUCAGUGACUCCUGAUCGCAUAUCUUCCUCCAUCUGACUCCUUUAAUACACAGGCAAUAUAUGGCUUUUUUGCUGUCUUUGAAUGUGGCUUUGCCAGUUUCCUCUUUUGCAACUGUGUACUUUUUUCUGUGGCUGAGGAAUUGGGUGAGGCUUGAUCCUUGAAUCAAUUUCCUUUGUUUGUAGCCCUGACUUGCAGAAUAACCCCAAUAAGCUCCACAGGGGAGUUGCUUGCUGUCGCUAAGAGGGAGUCCUCAAAUCUGAGCCCCAAGAGCAAUGGUGAGCCAACGAGAGGUUGUGCCUCCCUUGUGGGCUUGAGGGCGGUGUCCUGCUUGCUCAAGGGCCGGAUCAGCCCAAAGGGGACCUCCAUGGACUCCCAUCACCCUGGCCUAGAGACGAGUGGAAGCUUCUGUUCCAUCUGGGAAUGCAUUUGUGACACUGUAGGUUGGACAAGGAACACUUUUCUGCCUCUGGCUUCUGCUGGGCGUUCUUCUCAGCCCUGAAUUCCCCUGCCUAGAUGCCUAACCCUAACCCCUCCCUCCCAGAUAGGCCUUCUCUGCUUAUCAUGUCCCUGGCUAAUUCUAGCCAUGGAUCUACUACCCUGUGGCCUUGUAAGAGCUAGGCAUCAUCAUAAUGUGAGAAUGAGGAAAGGGAGUUGGGCUAGGUGUGGGGAGAGCUUAGCCGUGGUCUUUUCAGAGUACCUGGAAGGUAGGUCCAAAGUGCAUUCUGUGGUUGGCAAUGUACUGGCCCUUCUAUCAGACACCUUUUCACAGUAAACCAGACCCAAGGCAUCACCCAGAGAUUCCACAUCAGUCUCUAUUAAUUUAACUUUUAAUUUCUGAAGAGGCUUUCCUUCCUGCUGCUAGUUUCAUGGGCCACGUUAAUUUGUAUUGUUCUGUAUUUAUUUGGCAUUGUGAACUGCCCUGAAAAUAUUUACGUUGCUAGGUGGAAUAUAAAUCUGUUAAAUAAACUUCCCAGAUGAACCAGGCCCAAUAAUAAACUUGGAUCUGUAAGUUCUCUUGAACUCAGCAGGGCUUCAGUCUGGGCCUGCUUUUGAUCAGUCCCCAAGCUCCGCAGCUGGCCUGCAUUCUGUUCCUACAGUGUUCUUCCUCCUUUUGUAGAGAAGGGGAGGUGAUAUCCUAGCAUUCAACAUUUCUUUUUCUCCUUUCUACACCUCCCCAUUAGGAGUUGGUGCGGCUGUAAUUGACACCUACCUUUAUGUAGUUGGCGGACACUCAGGGUCAUCCUACCUGAACACUGUACAGAAAUACGACCCCAUAUCGGAUAGCUGGCUGGACACGGCUGGCAUGAUGUACUGCCGGUGCAAUUUUGGCUUGACGGCGCUAUGAAGAAGGAGCACUUGAGGAUGCAACUGGCACAGACUGUGGAGACCGGAAGCUGCACAUCCUGGAGUCUGGAGGAAGGGGGAAAAGCUCAAAUGAAAUGCAGACAGGUUAACCCCAAACGAGAAUUGUUCCUGGUUAUUGCUGAUCACAAAGAAGCGAAGGGCGGAAAAAUGGAGCCGGUUUCCUAGCAGGGACCCAGGCUGCAUACUGUCAUUAACGUGAAAUAAUUCAUCUUGAUGCAAGAAUCACUGUGUUGCCUGAAGUAGGCGUAGAAACUCCCUGACUCAUGGAGCUUUGUCCUCUUUCUCCUCCUCCUCUGACUGACGCAGUUAACCUGGGUGAAGACUGCCUGGUUGAUGUCUGGCUCCAUCUUUGCAGUGAGAGACCAUCAUUGCUUCACAAUUUUUUUAUGAACAGUUAACUAAAGGGCUGCCUCUCCCCCCGUCCCCCAUUACUCCAGGUUUGUAAAUAACUGAUGCGGUCGUCGUCUGUUUGCCUGCACUUAGUAUCCACUCCCUGUCGUUUUUCUUAACUUGCUUGUGUGGAUUUGGCGAGUGGACGAGCGGGUGGCUCUCUUUAAGUUGAUAAGCUGAAUGCCUUUUUAGCCCCGCACUUUUUGGAGUUGCCUACCUGUCUAAAACCUGUAACCCUUCUUUCCCUUCUCUUUCUCUGAAUGAAAGGAUCAGCAGCUUUCAAGCCUGACGCAGAGAUAGCAGUUUAGACAGCAAACCCUUCCACACCUCUUGGGUUGUUUGUGUGUGUGUUUUUAUCAUAUUUAAUCAGUUUUGCAGCAUGUGUGUAAAAAUACUUCAAAAAGAUAGAAGUGUCCUCCCUCCCUUCAAUCCGUAUUAAUUGGCCCAUGUAUGACUGUAAAGAAUGUACAACCAAGUUUUCAAAGUCUUCUGAUUCUAACAUGGUGCUAAGAAAAGAUUUAUUUAUUUUUUAGCAAGGCUGUUGGCAGUCUAAGGCUCCUCUCACCCGCAUUGCCCAGUUGCAAGGAAGCAAAGUCCCAUUGAAACCAGAGGGACCAGCUUCCGAGUGAAUAGGAGAGGAUGGCACUGUCUUGAUGGUUUGGCGAAAAGAGCAGGGUCUGCGGAGUCUGAGGGGGUCUGAAGCCGAUGUGGUGAAUGCCGCCAGUGUACACGCUGGUGGUUUCUUGUUUUGACAUUUUCCUUCUGUUUCUUUUGUCCGUGCCUGUGCGACAUGUCAAACAAUUAACAUCAUAGCAUUUCAUUAGAUUACGUCAUUUGGAGAACUCUAACUCAGAUUCUUAAUGAACGGAAAGUAUAUUCUUCCAUACGGAUUAUUGCCUUUUCCCUUUAAGACAAAUAAUGAGGCAGCGUUGAUCCCACUACUUUCCGUCUUUCCAAGCAAUUCUUCAAAUGCUGCUGUUCAUUUCAGGAGGACUUGCCCAGUGUUGGUGAAUUGCUCUCCAGCCGGGCGGUUCCUGUAAGAAAUAUCCAUCUAAACUUAGUUUUAUGUUCUGAAGGGGUUAAGCAAGACCCUGUGUGGUCAUCCUCAUUUUAUACAGAUGGCUGUGAAACUAGUUCUUCAGAUUUCUGUUUUGUGUGUUUGCCCCCAUAUAUUUCUGCUUUGUUCAGGUGGCUACCCUUUUGCUGUUGUGUUCUCCCACUUUCCUUCCUCUCAAAAUCAUUUCUCCCCUCCUUUUUCUCUAUUGAACACAAGUUACUUUCCCCAGUUAUUCAUAAUUCACAAGCAUACAGCAAUGGGGUAUGCAGUUUCUUUGUGUUAAGCCUUUUACUUCUGAACUUGUUCCAAGUUCUAAUAGGGUAAAUGACGCUGUUUUCCCCCUUCCUUCCUUCCUCCUCCUCCUCCCAUGAGCUCACGUUUAGACUGACACUAGGAGAGCACAGUCAAAGUUGCGUCACAUUUCUACCUUGCAUGUACUGUGUUUUCCCGAAACUUUCCUUAAGAUAUUAAGGGAGUCCAGCAGAGUUUUCAAGCAACUAAAUGACCGAACAAGCACUUUCUGCCUAGUGGCCGCAGGGUGGCUUGUCGAUUCUUGUUCCUCAGCAAUAAUAGCAUCAUGCAAACAGUUGCAGUGACCUUUCACGUAUGGAAUUGUGCACUUGGAGGAAUUCCUGUUCAUUUCUGUGAGGCUUCCUUCAGAGAUGCUCACUCUGGACAGCGCGAAGAAAACCUUAAGCAAUUUAUAGGAGGCCGUCAAAGCUGUUUCGGUUCUUCUGCGUUCAUGAACUACUUAAUUUCAGUUCAGGAAAAAUGCUUGGUUAAACAGUUCGCAUGUGCUAGCGCUCUCUCGCUCUCUCUGAGGUGCCUUUGAACUUAGAAGCAGACUGAUUAUUGGAACUCCUAGCCACAAGGCAUGACCGGAGGGCGAGGGAGUGAGGGAGGGAAUGAAAUGGUUGCGGGAUGCAAAGGCCUUGAUGAGCACACGAUUGCCCUCGUUAUCUGCCAUGCCCCUUGAGCCUCCUGCAAAGCAUGACUUGCGGCUAGGCUGUCGCCGUAAGCAGAGCUGGCAGUUUCUCAUCAUGCCUAAGGACCCCUGAGCCAAGGAUGUGUUUGGAAACACAGUGAUUGAAUCCUGGCCUAAGCUGCCCUGUUGGAAGGAGGUGGCAUAUAGUACCCAGUAGAGGGUCCAACUAAUCCAGAUGUAGCAGCUUUUUAUCAAGGGCCUCUGGGCACUUUCAUUGGGCAGCCUACAAAAUUGUUAGCUUAUUGGAAUCUAGCCCUGUAGAUGUUCAUGAGUUCUUUAAAAAUAUAUUUAUGUAGAGCACUUGCAUUAAAAACCAGUGUGCUAAGGAGCAAAUAACUGUUUUAGUCAAGACUGGAUUGAUUCCUUGCAGGGUAAUUUGUGAGUGUGGUAGAUGCAAGUCUAGGGAUUGGCAUAUUUCAGCAAGUUUGCCAGACUCCCUUCUGUCUGGGGGCUUCGUUUUCCCAUUCACCUAAGUGCUCAGGCGUAAGGCAAACCGAACAGCCCGGCUGUCACACUUCUAGGCUGCAAUAAGCUUGCUGUAGUUCAGCAACUGUCUCGUCUCGCAGAGAAGGCCUUUCCACGUGAGACAUUGCACAAGGUCUUGCUUAAGUCAUCAUCCCCGUGUGGCAAAGCAACUGUAGAUCAGGGGGAGAGUGUGCCUGCUAUCGGUCAGAUUUGCAUUAAUGGGUGACUCAAGGAGAAAGCAGCAGACGCACUGCCCACGCUUGGAAGCGCAUUUCCCUUCCAUCAGGAAACAUAGAGCAGAGUAGAUUGGAGGGGCGGCAGGUGUGAGGUAUGCUGGGCUGCACAUGGUGCUCGUUGGUCCCACAAGACUGUUGUCAUUCAGCUCCUAAAAGGACCUGAGGCAGAACCUUGGGAAGUGUGGUUCCACCGUGGCGCUGCCCUGGGACCUGUUUGUCACCUUGCUUGCGUUCGCCCCUCUCGCCCACCCACCAGAGAUAGAGAAGUUCAUUACUGUUGCUUUGUGACCCUUCCGUUGUGUGUCAGAACAUGAGCACUCCACGCUUGCCUUAAACCCCUCUGAACUCAUUGGAAGAGCUGGGUGACGGCUCCUCUCUUUGCCUUACAUGGGAUGUGCUGUCACCUCUCUGGCCCAAGGCAAAGCCAGCUUUUAAAGCAGGAUUCCGACCCCUCAUGUACUGUAGCUUUCAGCGCGACUCUGACCCGUUUCCCCCCUGGGUUUGCUGGGCAACUAGCAUAGCUUCCUACCAGCGGGCUUCGUGUUCUCCCACCCCGUUUACAAAGGUGGCAUUUGAGUUGAGCGGGAACCUGCUCAGCAACCUCCUUGUUCUUUUGUGUUUGCUAAGUGUGAUAAUGUUCUUUUCUCAUUGUAACGGUAUUUCAUUUGGUUGUGCGAUGUUUACUAAAUAAAUCAGUGAAAGCAAGCAGUUUGGGAGUGUGUUGCAUGACCCCCCUCCGGCUCCUGCAGUUUGUUCACCAGUCCCAAAAGUGACUGCCCCUUGGGAGCUGUACCCUUUUUCUCUUAUGUCUACGAUUCAAUGUGGUGUAGUGGUUAAGAGCGGUGGACUCGUAAUCUGGUGAACCGGGUUCAUUUCCCCACUUCUCCACCUGCAGCUGCUGGGUGACCUUGGGCCAGUCACACUUCUCUGAAGUCUCUCAGCCCCACUCCCCUCACAGAGUGUUUGUUGUGGGGGAGGAAGGGAAAGGAGGUUGUGAGCCGCUUUGAGACUCCCUAGGGUAGUGAUAAAACGGGAUAUCAAAUCCAAACUCUUCUUCUUUCGAACCUUACUAUUAAUCCUUUUUGUUGAAUACCAGCACCCUGAAAUUCUAUUCCCGUCUCCCUGCACAACAGCUCUGCAAAUCAGGCCAGGUUGCAAAGACAGAGACAUGCCCAGAGGAAGUUUCAAAGCCAAGUAAAGAUUGAGACUGAUGAUCUUUGACACAGAAGGACAAGUCCCAGGCAAGGCACUAACAGGGCUGCCCCACUGGACAGCACUUGAGAAACAGAAAACUACAAACUCGCUCCCGUGGGUUGUGUGGUAGCCAUCGAGCUGGCGUGAAAGAACCACUGCUGCACAGCACUGCUGUCACCCACACUUCAGCGUGUUUCACUGGACUGCCUGGGUAGUUAGGUAGCAAAUUCUGCUGUGUUUUCAUUUUCCAGAAUCAAAGUUAAAAACACGCAUAAAACGUUCACAAUAGAAACAUGUAGCUCCCCUUCAAAGCAAGGAAGAAAUCUUCUGGUCUUUAACUGGAACAAUUAGACCAAAGAAUCAUUCUGAUAAUAAAUGUAUUUCUAAUAUAUUUCCUUUGGUUCAAGAGAAUUGGCAGGUUGCUGGGAGCCAGGUCUCCGGUUCCUAGGCUCAUACAGCAGCCAUCGUGUCCUGGAUUCACAUUCUUUCUUUCCUCCAGACUUCUUGAGAAAAAUAGAUUCAGUUGAAAAAAAUCUGCAGCCCCAGGGUUGAAAAGAACAGGUAGUAGUGGUAAGUAUUCACUUUC